AUGACUUCGGAACGUGUCGUUUCAACGAUCCUGGAGAACGUUGAUGGAAUUACGAAUUUGGCUCAGCGAGCUUUAAAGAUCAAGGAUGAAGCCAAUCAGUUCUUCAAUGAUCAGGCCUAUGAUGUUGCAAUUGAGCUGUACACGAAAGCGAUUGAGCUGGACAACAAUGUUGCGCUGUUUUAUGGCAAUCGAAGCAUGGCUUACUUGAAGAAGGAGCUCUACGGCAGUGCACUGGAAGAUGCGAAUAUGGCGCUGAAACUCGAUCCCGAUUAUACCAAGGCCUAUUAUCGGCGUGCGGCUGCCUAUAUGGCACUGGGCAAAUUGAAGCUCGCAUUGAAAGAUUACGACGCGGUAAUUACAUAG